GAAUCAACAGAACAGCUCUCAGAGAGAUAAAGUUGUUGCAGGAACUAAGCCAUCUGAAUGUUAUUGGUGCAUUACAGAAGCAGAUGAUAUCAACAGUGUGAGAAGGAAUUUGGCAAAUUUGCAAUCAUUCAUGAAUCCAAGAGGGCAGAAGUUCUAUAUAACAGUUGAGCUUGGGUAGAGGGUAAGGAUGCAAGGUGUGCUUUGGAAUAUCCAUCAAAGUUAGCAGAAACUUGGGGGUAUUGGAUGGUAAGCUGGAUAUGAACCAGCAAUGUGCACUUGCAGCCCAGAUAGCCAACUGUAUCCUGGGCUGCAUCAGAAGAAGUGUGGCCAGCAGGGUGAGGGAGCUGAUCCUGCCGUUCUACUCUGUGCUCUGCUUGCCUUGAGUAUUGCAUCCAGAUGUGACAUCCUCAAUACAGGAGAGAUGUGGACCUGUUGGAGUUUGUCCAGAAGAGGGCCAAAAAAAUAUCCAAGAGAUUGAACAUUUCUGCUGUGAGGGCAGGCUGAGAGUGCUGGGACUGUUCAUCCUGGAGAAGAGAAGGUUCUGGGAACACCUGAUAGUGGCUUUUCACUAUGUAAAGGGGGGCUGUAAGAAGGAAGGAGGCAGACUCUUCACCAGGGUCUGUUGUGGUAGGACUACAGGAAGUGGUUUCAAAAUAAAAGGAAGAUUUAGAUUGGACAAAAGGAAAAUAAUUUGUGCAGUGAGGGUGGUAAGGCACUGACUGGCAGAGGUUGCCCGGAGAUGUGAUGGAUGCUCCAUCCCUGGAGACAUUCAAGGUCAGGCUGAAUGGGGCUCUUAGAAACCCGAUCUGGCUGUGUGUGUCCCUUUUCCUUGUAGGGGAGAGGGACUAGGUGAUCAUUAAGGAUCCUUAGCACCUCAAACAAUUCUAUGAUUCUAUGAAUUCAAGAUUUUUAACUCUAGGAUGGAGAGGUAAUUGUAUAAAAUGUUACCAGAUAAUGUGGGCUUCUUGGCUACCGAGUUAAGAACUAAACUGAGUAAUAAAUUUUGUGUUGCAGGUAGGCGAACUGCAACAGUGCUAUUUCAUAUUACGGGGUUACAUUAAAGAAAACAAGAUUCAAGACAGAACUGUGAGAUCAGUUCCAUGCUUUCCCAAGUCUAGGCCGUAGGUAGUCCUGUGCCUGUCUGUCUCUGCCAGUAAACUGAAAGUGCCUGUGCAAACUAGAGUAGAGUGGAAUUUUAGAAAACUGGAAUUGAGGGAGUAUAGUUCAUCAUAACAUAUUUUGUUUUACAGCUUUUAGAUGCAUUUGGACACAAAUCCAAUAUUAGCUUGGUGUUUGACUUCAUGGAGACAGACCUUGAGGUUAUUAUAAAGGAUACUAGUAUUGUGUUAACACAAGCUCACAUCAAAGCCUACAUGCUGAUGACACUUCAAGGAUUAGAGUAUUUACAUCAACAAUGGAUUCUGCACAGGGAUCUUAAACCAAAUAAUUUGCUGUUAGAUGAAAAUGGUGUUUUGAAAUUGGCUGACUUUGGCUUGGCAAAAUCUUUUGGAAGCCCAAACAGAGUUUACACACACCAAGUAGUAACAAGAUGGUACCGAUCCCCAGAACUACUGUUUGGUGCUAGAAUGUAUGGUGUUGGUGUUGACAUGUGGGCUGUUGGUUGUAUUCUAGCCGAGUUGCUUCUCAGGGUUCCUUUCUUGCCAGGAGACUCUGAUCUUGACCAGUUAACAAGGAUUUUUGAAACACUGGGCACUCCAACAGAAGAACAGUGGCCUGGAAUGACAAGUCUUCCGGAUUACGUCACGUUUAAGUCUUUCCCUGGAAUGCCUCUUCAACAUAUCUUCAGUGCAGCUGGAGAUGAUUUACUUAGUCUUCUACAAGGAUUAUUUACAUUUAAUCCUUGUUCUAGAGUUACAGCCACUCAGGCAUUGAAACAGAAGUAUUUCAGUAAUCGACCAGGACCCACUCCAGGAUAUCUGCUACCCAGACCCAACUGUGCUGCAGAGGCUGUAAAGGAGCAACAACACACACUUUUGAAUUUAAAAAGGAAACGAGGAGAGGGAGUAGAUCAAGGACUACCAAAAAAAUUGAUUUUUUGAUUGCUGUGGAUGGUGGAUGAAAAUGAGAGCUCAAGUGACCUGAGUCCCAACCAUGAAAAACUCUGUAAUAGUCACUGGAUGGUUAUUUUUAGAAUAUAUUAAUAUGUAAAACGUGAACAUAAUAUUUUAUUAAUACAACUGAAGUUUUUAAUUUUUUUUAAAAUA